AUGGUCGAUCAUGUACUGUGGAAAGGCAUCUCCGAACGACUUUUCCUCUACGAAGCAGAUGCAGAGAACUUCAUCCUGGACAAUAACAAUAUCUAUGACUUGAUCUUCAUAGAUGUUUACGAUGGCGAUGAUAUUUUCCCUCACAAGCUGUGGGACCCACAUAACCCAUUUCUUGGAGCCCUCAGAAGCAGGCUCCAUCCUGAGCAUGGGACCGUUGUCAUCAACCUUCACGCGGACUCCAAUGUCUUGACCCCAGAUGUGAAUGUCUCACCCCAUCCUUAUUACCAUAUUCUACCCAUGGUUCCUUGGCUCUGCAACAUUUCUCUUGUUGUUAGCAAAGGUGUCUGCCUUGAUAGGCAUUUGAUUUCAAACAUCCUCAGAUCUAAAUCCCGAUUGGUGGAAGAUGCUCUUGACUUGCCGUUUUCCUCUUUACAGUAUAUAAAGAGGGAUUUUAUUAUGGUGGAUUAA